AUGACAGACAGGCUUCCAAAUACAGUGAAUAUAAUUAAAAAACUUACAGAACUACUGCCAAGCUUAUCUGAAGCUGAGGCCGAGGCAGCUAGAUAUCAAAUUGAACAAUUAAAAGACUCAAACCCAUUCCUUUCAGGGAAACAGACAGAAUCACAGAGCAUUCUGGAGUGCUGGGAGACAAGAGAUAUAUCCAGAGCAAAAGUAAUUAUGCAAAGAAUAACACAGGAUAGAAGGCUUUUAGAGGGAUACAAUGUCAUUCUGCAGGAUAAAGACACGCCAGAAAUAGAGCAAACAGUGGAUAAAAUACAAAGAGUUUUGUACUUCUUAGAAAGAGAGAUUCUGCUAAUAAAAAGGCUAUUGUCAGAUGCAUUUGUAACAGACAAGAAUUACAAUCCAAAUAUUAUAGGAGAGAGCAGUGAGUUAAUAGAAUCGUUUAAGAUAAAGAAAUAUUCUGGAAAAGCACACUUGUCAAUUGUUGGUAUAAAUGACAGAAAUCCAUUACACAAAGGAAUAUCCAUUAUGAUAUACACAGAUGACGUGCUAGUAGGAGAGAUCGCACAGCGAGAAAUAGAAGAAAGUAAAUCAAUAAGCAUUGAUUUCAAGAAUAUAUACAGAAUGGAAAUUGUUGUAAAGACUCAAGAUGAUGUGAUUAUAGGAAAUAUAUUCUUUCCCAUAGAAGACCUAGCAGAUGCAGAGGAUAUAGGCGUAAAGAACUUUUACUACAGUAUUAAAGAUAAAAGCACUCUAUCAAUUUCGUUUGGAAAGUGUAUUUUAGAGUCAAAUACAAUACACCGAGCACUAGAAAAUGUGCUGACUAAAAGGGUAGCAGAGCAUCUUCUAAGAAAGAUAGAAAGCAUUUCUGUGUAUCGCUGUGGUGUGUGUGGGAGCAAUGAAGAAACCAGUGAUGUAGAACUAUAUUACAGGUGCGAUAUGUGCAAGUUUACCUGCCAUAUGAAGUGUACGCAUUUAAUUUUCUUCGUGUGCAAUGAGUUCAAGAAAAAGGAAGAGAUGGAAUCAGAGAAGAAGGAGCUAGAAGAGAAAUUACAAAAAAUAAAACAGGAGCGGAUAAGAAUUAUUUCUGCUGCAAUUGAAAUAAAAGAAAAGCCAAAAAAGUCCGGGCAUUCAUCAGACAAGGCAAAUAAAAAGAAGAAGAAUAAAAAUCAUAAUACAGAAUCCGAAGAAGAGGAAAGCACAGAAAAUUCCUCAAUGGAGUGCUCAAGCAGCGAUGAAGAGCCAGAGGUCUGCCCCACUAAGCGUUAUAGUGUAGAGCACUCUGUUCAGCAGGAGAAAAUGCUUGGUGCAACUUGGUGCUGUCACUGCGGCGAGCGGAUAGGUAUGCUUGCCAUGGCCUUGGUGUGCAGCGUGUGCGAGAAUACCUACCAUACUUCCUGUAGAAAAAUGCUAUUUCAUUCGUGUGGAAUAACACUGGACCUCCUGAUCGGGUUAAUAUCAUAUAUGCCAAAGCGGCACAAGAAAAAGUCUGAAAAAAUAUCUCUUGAUCAGUUUAAAUUUAUAUCUCCUGUGUGUGUGGAAGGGUUUGCAAAGGUUUAUCUCUGCGAAUGGAAUGGCAAACCAGUGGGGCUUAAAGCAAUUAAGAAGAAGACAAUAAUAGACAAAAAUUGCCAAAACUUAGUUGAGACACAGCGGACCUGCUUGGAAAUUGCAAAAGCAUCAAAAAACCCGUUUCUUCUACAUAUAAAGGGGUAUUUCCAGACAAAAACCUACGUAUUUUUCAUAACUGAAUUUGUACCUGGCGGUGAUCUGUACUUCCACUUACAGAAUCGCACAAUAUCUGCAAAUGAAAUUCAGAUGAUUCUGGCAGGGCUAGUGCUGGCGAUAGAGUGGCUGCAUUCAGAAAACAUUAUAUAUAGGGAUCUUAGACUGGAGAAUGUAAUGUUCUCUGAAAAUGGGUAUAUAAAGCUAACAAACCUGAGUCUCUGCUCGAUUGGUGCGCAUAAUGGGAUAGCGCAUACAUUGUGUGGAAGUAUUCCUACAAUUGCACCCGAAAUGAUUGAUGAGCACUAUACGUGUGCAGUUGACUGGUGGAGUCUUGGAGUGCUAGCAUACCAGCUUAUUCUUAAGUCGCCGCCCUUUUCUGGAGCAAGUCUUAAGAAAAUAAAGAAUGCAAUCCAAAAUGAACCGCCUGCUAGCAUUGAACUUAUUUCAGAGCCUGCUAGGUCAUUUAUUCUGGGCUUGCUAGAAAAAGACCCAGAAAAGCGGCUUGGUGCACACUCCAGCGCAGACAUUAAAAACCAUGAGUACUUCAAAAACAUUGACUGGGAAGAAAUGGAAAAGCAAAAGCUGCCGGUUGAAUGGGUGCCUAAGUUAGAUAAUAGUAUGUGCUCAAACUUUGACAGUGCAGUCACCAGCCAAGAUCCUGAGCUGAGCCCUGGUGAAGAAGUAGACUCUGCAAUGGACAUGUACUUUGAGAACUUCUAAUGCGAAU